CUUCUUCUUCUUCUUCUUCUUCGUGGUGUGGUUUGGAUUCAUCGCACAUAUAAAGGAAGGAAAGAGGAAACCGGCGGCCGCGAGGGUUGGAGGCGAGAAGCGAUGAGAACCGUGCUGGUCGAGCUGGAGGAAGUUCUGCGGUCCAAAUCCGAGAGGGAGAAGAUAACGCCGUCAGAGGAGCUGGUCCUCCAGACCUGCAAGUCGAAGUCAAUCCGCGAUUUCACCGUCGGGUUCUUGGUUUCAUCAGCCGCUGUAUGGACUGCAACUAGGAGACUUACACGAGCACUGAGGUUUAACUUGUCCCUAGGUUCUGGCACUUUUUUGGGGAUGUGGGGGUUUGACAGGUCCUUGAGUUCAUGCAUUGACCGAAUGAUGCAGCUUGAAGGAAGCCGGAUCCAGAGAGAGUUGGCAAACAUAAUAUUGGCAAAGCAUGCAAAUGAGGCGUCAAGUGUGAAGCUUGUAAGCAAGCACUUCUUCCCGGAGCAAGUAUUCAGCGACUUGAAUCCAGAUGAGUCUAUUUUUAGGUGGCGAUUACGUAAUCUCUACAUAGAUAGCACUGCUUCUCAGGGGACACAGAGAAUCGAAGACGGUGGCGAUCAUGAUAUCCAGCCAAACCAAUCUACUUUUCAGGGUAGCCACGUUGGAGAUAUGACUGCAUAUCCUUUAGACUGUGUGUUUGGUUACCCUGAUGGUAACAGUGAGAUGAUGCAAUCGGACGACAGUGGUGUGCCACCCAGGAGACGGUUGCGUGCCCACAGAAAGGCUAAUCGUCGUCAUCGUACUCGCUGUUCUGAAGAAAGCUCUGAGAGUAACACAAGUUAUGGGCGAUGAUGACAAUUGUGGAGCUAAGCUUCGGUCACAAGGGGAUGGCCCGUCGUGCCGCUUCGCCAGCUGAAUCUGUUCGUGGUCUCACGUUCUGGUAUCGACCCCGAACUGAUGCGCCAGAGCUCUAAGGCCGGAUAGGUUGUAUCCCUCGCCUUGCCAGUUCGUCGUUUUAACGCCAUUAAAUAUUCGUCCCAGUUAUUUAAGUGCAACUUAAGCUUUUCAUGUUUGUGAUUUCAUUGAAUUUUUACCCAAUACGCUGCAUCGCCCACCAGAACAAAACAAAGAAUGUGCUCGAUGCUCCCUGUUGUUAUGGUCUAACAAUCAAAAGAGAAAUGAUCUGAUGGUGAUUUUUGUGGA